AUGUUGGCGAGGUCCAUAACGUUCUCCUUGGCCUAUGCCGGUUUCACGGCGGCACAGAGCGCCACACUCGCAUUUUCCGUCCCACCUGCUGCUGAGACGCUCGCUACCUAUGUCACGCCUGCCAAACUCGCUCUUUUUGGAGUCGAAGCCGUACAGCUGACUGACGAUGUUGUCUCCUCGAUGCAACAGAGCCCAGAGCUUGCUGAGUAUGCUUCCCUCUUCGAGUUUGAGGACAGCUCCAAUUCCAGCUUGUCUGCGCGUACUCGCCGUGCGCGACGAUCACUCCGAUGCAAGACCAUGCCUGGCGAUCUUCUGUAUCCAGGAAAGCUUUUGUGGGGGGUGUUCGAUCUCCUACUCGGUGGUGCUUUAGAGAAGAUCGUACCUAUAGGCUCUUCUUGCUACAAGACGUCCGAGUACAACAACUACGACGCCGCAAAGUGCGCAGACCUCGUCGAGAAUUUCGAUGCGGAGGAGAUUUACUACAACGACAAUGGCAAUUUCGCCAAUGGCACUUGCACCCAGGGAGGAUACUCAGAAUACGCAGUGAAAGUUAGCAGCGUUGCGCAAAUUCAGCUGGCUGUCAACUUUGCUCGUACCCUGAACCUUCGCUUGGUCGUGCGCAACACUGGACAUGACUAUAACGGUCGCUCGGUUGGCAAGGGGGCGCUCAGCAUCUGGACUCAUGGCCUCAAGGAGAUCAAGUAUGUCAAAGACUACAAAAGCUCCACGUACAACGGACCAGUCUUCAAAGUCGGCGCGGGCGUUCAAGGCUUCGAGCUCUAUGAGGCUGCUGAUAAGUAUGGUGUCUCUGCCAUCGCUGGUAUCUGUCCGACCGUCGGUGUAUUUGGUGGCUACUCCACGGGCGGUGGCCAUAGUCCCCUGAUGCAGUUGUUUGGUGUCGGCUCAGAUCAGAUCGUCGCUCUCGAAGUUGUCCUUGCCAGUGGCCGGUUCGUUACCGUUACUCCGGAGAUCAACGGUGAUCUGUAUUGGGCUAUGCUUGGCGGCGGUGGCGGUACCUACGGCGUGAUCACCUCUGCUGUAGUGAAGGUCCACCGCAAGGUUCCAGUCACUCAGUCCUCCUGGACCAUCAUGACAUCCGAAACUGUUACUGCCGAAAAGUUCUGGGAGGCGUUUAGGUUCUUCUUCGACAACAUGCCCGCCUACAACCGCGCGAAAACAUACUCUUACUUCUCUCUCAUGAAGCUCGCACCAGGCACGUAUAUGUGGUCGAUGGGUCCUUUCUUUGCCACGGACAAGACUGUCGAGGAGUACGAGGCUCUCAUCAAGCCCUUUUACGAAAAGUGCGCCUCACUUGGUAUUGAGCUCAAUCCCAAGACAACCUACCACGACAGCUUCUACCCUGCCUACAAGGCCACAUUCGGUACAUUCAACUAUCAUAUCGGUGCCGCUACCGGUAUUGCGUCAAACCGUUUGUUGACAUCCGACAAUUGGGAGAACGCUGAGAUACGCAACCAAACGAUCAUCGCCAUCCAGCACGUCGUCGAGACCGCCGUCAUGAUCAACAUGUACCAUCAGCGCCCCGUCGAACAGGACAACAAGGACAUCAACUCCGUCAAUCCUGCGUUCCGAAACGAAGAGAGCCAGAUGGUCAUCAUCAAUUCUGUCGCUGAGGAAACCGCCGCGGGAUGGCAGGCCGCCGUCGAAAAGAUCACCACUCAGGUCAUGGCUCCUCUUCGUGAAGUGUCGCCCACUGGCGGCGCGUAUGGAAAUGAGGCCGACAUCGCCGAGCCCAACUGGCAGCAAUCUUUCUGGGGCUCAAAUUACCCGAGGCUCCAGCAGAUCAAAAAGAAGUAUGACCCUGACAUGCUCUUCUACGUGCACCACGGGGUUGGUACUGAGGGCUGGACCAUCGAUGAUAAUGGUAUCAUCGGCGCUGGUGUCCAAUCGACGGACGGUCCGUUGUGUCGCGCAUAG